AGACAUGCUUCCUCCAGCACAGAGAGACCACAACCAUCUACCUUCCAGGGAAGGCAGGGAGGAGUUGGAGCCAUAAAAUCCAUAGCCUGCUAUGCAGUAUUUAGCAUACGGAUCAGUCACACUUUCCAAUGAACUGGUCAGGGUGUUUGAAACCAUGAUUAUUUCGGUAUACCCCUAUCCAGCAAAACUUGUGCGAUAGGAAGAGAUCAUGGGGACUUACUGUUCUGGCUUAAUUGAAAAUUUCUGUCUCUGAAAGCCUGGCAUAAAGAUCUCCGGACAGCUAUCUGAUCACAGAACAGGAUUUAUGCCUAACUGCAGUGACGCAGCAAUGAUUUCUUCUUCUGUGCUGCUGGAUGGAGGAGAUGAAGUGGAGUGCAGUAUUUUAAGGUUUCCAGAUCUGGACUUGAAAAAUCCUCUCCCUUUGACAGCCAAAAGCAAUCUCAAAGCGGAAUCAGAUACCGGUGCGAGAAAGAAGUAUGCAUUUGCAAAGAAGAAGGCAUUUGCCCUCUUUGUCAAAGCAAAGGAAGUGCCGGCCACAGCUUGCUGCCCUCCAGCCAUGUGCAGAGCGGGACUGGGAUGGAAAUGCUGCAGACAAACCUUUAAAGACCUCACCGGCAUUCACAUACAUGUCGCCACGCAGCAUUCCAGCGACAUCCAGCAGCAGACAGAUUUGAUUCUAAAGCAACUGGCUGCUGAAGCCAGCACUUCAAGUAACCCAGCCUCUGCAGACGAGGCAGAUGGGCUCAGCGGUCCCACCUGUAACAUCCAGGAGCUCUGUGAUAGGUUCCCAGACACAAGCCACGUUAGUUUUGAUGAACUGACAAGUGGAGUGGGAGAAGUGCUGUUAUAUUACUGUUACCAUGAGGUGAAAGAUCCCCUGAGGCUCUGUGCUUGGCAGAAGUCUCUGUGCCAGCACCUUCAUCUCACUGGCAAGGUGCGCAUUGCUUCAGAAGGCAUUAAUGGGACAGUUGGUGGAAGCAAAGUAGCUACCAGUCUUUAUACAGAGGCAAUGCUUUCCCACCCUCUUUUCAAAACCAUUUUGUGCAGAGAGGAUUUCAAGAGCAGUGCUGGAGGAGCUCACUGUUUCCCAGACCUUCGAGUUGGCGUAUUUGAAGAGAUCGUACCCCUGGGCAUCAAUCCAAACAAAGUCUCCUACAAAGAAACCGGAAUCCAUUUAUCCCCUGAGGAAUUUCAUAAAGAAGUAGAAAAAUAUUUAUCUCAGGCUCCUCAAGCACAAAGCGACACCAUUUUACUGGACUGCAGGAACUUUUAUGAAAGUAAAAUAGGUCAUUUCCGGGGCUGCCUGGCGCCUGACAUCAGGAAGUUCAGCUACUUCCCUAGCUACGUAGAUGAAAAUCUCGAGCUUUUUAAAAACAAGCGCGUGUUGAUGUACUGUACAGGAGGGAUUCGCUGUGAGCGUGGCUCUGCCUAUCUCAGGACCAAGGCUGCAUGCAGGGAGGUUUACCAGCUCAAGGGUGGCAUCCACAAGUACCUGGAAGAGUUUCCUGAUGGGUUCUAUCGGGGGAAGCUGUUUGUGUUUGACCAGCGUUACACCAUCUCUUCCAAUGAAGAUAUUAUUGCAGAAUGCAGGUACUGCGGGACACUAUGGGAUCAGUAUAAACUGUGCUCCAGCCUGCACUGCCGGCAGCUUGUCCUGACCUGCCCAAGCUGUCAAGCGAAGGGAUUCACGGCUUGCUGUCCCGUUUGUCAGGAGAAAGGGCUCAAGCUGGCUUCAAACCCUUCUGGAUGGAUGGUCAAGGAGGAAUGUGAAUGCACAGACAGACGGCAGCGGGUCCCAGUCAAACACAUGUAAGAGAAGCACAGGAAAAUGUUAGACAUUCAAUAAUAUACACUCGCAUUCUAGGGCAUGGGGCUUCCCAGUUAUUUUCAUUGGAUUUGUACACCUAGCCCCAGUGUCUCUUUAGCACUUGACAGUGAACCAUGAACUGCUCCCUGGCCAAGUGUAAAUUAAUGGCACGUCAAACACAACAGUGAUGCUACAGGAUUCCUCCCAGUGCAGUGAAGUUACUGUUCUGCCUCCCACAAUGUGAUGGGUGCCGGGGAGAACUUGAUGAGCACAGCACAUGCCAUGGGAUUUAGCCACUCACAACCAAGCAGGAGCCAGAAGGUGAAGGAACACGCCGGGGUGUGUGUGUGUGUGUGUGUGCGCGCGCGUGCGUGCAUGCGCACGGCUAGGGAGAUGGACGCAGCAGGUUUUUAGUCACUUCUAAUCACUGGGAGCACAAGCAGACUGUGGCUGAGUCUAUUUUCCACAUAAACACCAGCAGCCUGAGUCUUAUCUCCCUUACCCCGGUGUAAGUCAGGCUGGCUACACAAGUCUCUGGGUUUACACUAGCGACCAGCAGGUGUGAGGCCAGAAGCUGGACCUACGACUUCAUCAGAGCAAAAGUUGGCGACACUCAGUGGCCGUGUAUAACCUCAGGCAAGUUCGUCUGGCAGGGCACGUUGUGUGGGAAGAGGGAGAAGAAUAACCUGCUCACUGCCCCUCUCUCGUGGCAGUCAGUGUCCAUGUCCUACCAUGCAGAAGGGAAUUCACGUGACUGAGUUUUAAAUGUCCAAGAUACAGCCCUUAGCCCAGGACUUGCAUUGGACUGUGUGUGCUGCAGAAAACUGGUGGGGUUCUGAAAUGCAUUGAAAUGCAGCCAUUUGCUGAGGAAAGCCCAGGGGCAUGAUGUAAAUAUUAAUGAACAUCAUAGGAGUAGUAGUGGUGGUGUGUGGAGUCCCCACGUGAUUGUGUGCAAUGGACACACGAGAGCUGUGUAUCCUGAGGGGUUAAGUGCAUCUCCCUGGAUCCAGAGUGGUUCUGCUGCACUUAUUGGCAUGGACUGUGUAGUUCUGCUGCUGCUGUUUCCCCUUUGAAGCGUAUCCCCCCAUUGUACCGGUAAAGUCAGUUGUGGCUAUGUCCUGACAAUGACUUUUAAAAAACCCUUGGUUCAGUGUCACGGGGUCUGCUGCUCACUGCGUGGCAGCACCGCCUCAUGGCUCAUUUGGGGCAUUAGCUCGCCACUGGCCAGCGGUCGUUCAGCCUGUUGCCUCUGUCACUUUCCUUGCAGCCCUUUGCUCUCUGCAGCGCUGCUCCUUCGAGGCUUAGCCCUCUGGUCAGGUCACCAUCAGUCUCCAUCUCCACUGCACUGACUGUGCCACUCCCGCACGGGCUGGUAGAGGAACCUAGGCCUGCCCUCUACACCACCCUCAGCCCAGCAUGUCAGGUCUGUCCCUGUCACCCUUUACUGCUCCUCCUUCCUUGGACUGUGUCCAAGCCUGCCCUUGUCACGCUCCUGCUGUCCUGCCUGUACCAGGGCGUGUGCCUGCAGGCUGAUGUGCCUUCAUCCCCCAGCUGUCCCUGCCCAGGUGAGCUGUGAUCUCAACCAGCAGGUGCAGCCUAAGGCUCCUUGGCCUCUCUUGCCACUUUACCCCAUCCAUGCUGCUGUGGGGGGGAUGCCCCAUCACACUCACCUUUCUACAGUUGCUUAGUGUCAGUUAUAGCCCUUUUAUUUUCCAUGCAGGCACUAAAGGAACCUUUUCCCUUACCAAAGCGGGGGGAGGGGAGGAAGGCAUUGCAGCAGACUUAGCUUGUGUUAAAUCCCACAGCAAGGCCUGACUUCUCUGACAUUGUUCCCAGGGCUUCCUGUUCAACAACGGCCCUGGUGCUGCUGUGUGGGCUUCAAACCUGCUCCAAGCUCCACUGUAGGACCCUUCCCCAGAGCUGCUAUUAGGUGAUGAUGAUAAUACUGCAGGGCUGAGACUAAGCCCCUGGAGUGACUAACGAUGCCCACUGACAACAAUGGUCCUUGGAAGAGACUCCUGUUUCCCUAGGCAGCUGGUGUCCCCAGCACUGGGUCGAUGCUUGUUUGCUUGCAGCACCUUUCCCAGGUGCAUUGGCGAGCUGGCCGAGGUGCAGCAUCCUGCCGUCAGGCACGCGUUGCAUUCCCAGCCUACAUCACUGCCAGUAGCUGUGGUUGGGAACAGGAUCCCACAACUAGUAUGUUGCACUGUGGUGUUUUUCAGCUGGUCUGUUUUAAACCCCCUGACCAACCUGCUGGCUAGGUGACCAUCCUGUAACUCCUGCAAAAGGCCUUGGCCAGGUCUGUUUUCAGUACAAAUGGGAAACGGUGUCAACUUCAUGUUAGUGUGAACUUCUAAAACUGCCAGCGUGACACAUCAUCCUUGGCACUGCCCCAGAGCUGUACGGACACAUCAUCAGUGCGUGUGCUGCGCCUUGUCCCUACGGCUCUGGGGCAGUGCCGCGUCGUCCGUGCG